AUCGUUAGUCUUCCAUUACAUGUAUGUGUGUUUAAUCGUCAGUCUACACAAUGCUUGCUAGUCUACACCAAGAUCGUCAGUCAUCAAGAAUGGUAUAAAUGAAAGGGCUCCGAAAUCAAAACUUCAUACUUUGCUUGAUAAUCGAGUAAGCAACACCAAAGAAUAACUUGAAGAUGGACGUUUCACCAUUGCCAGGCUUCACAAUGCCCCCAGGUGGUGCCAUGGACAUUUUAUUCUCCUUUGACACCACCGGGUCAAUGUCAUACAUACUCGACGAGGUCAAAGGUCGAUUAAGCGAGAUGAUCCAGAGACUUCAAGCUGAUAUUCCAGGAAUCAGAAUAGGGGUGAUAGCCCACGGGGACUAUUGUGACGAAAAAGUUUUCUACCUGGAAAAACACAUCGACUUCACUCAUAAUGUGGCGGAUCUGUGUAAUUUUGUGGGCGAGGUCGAGGGAACGGGUGGUGGAGAUCAAGACGAGUGCUAUGAACUGGUUCUUAGAAAAGCAAAUGAAGAUUUUAACUGGGCACCAGUUUCCAACAAAGUUUUGGUGAUGAUUGGAGAUGCCAACCCACACGAACCAGAUUACGAACUAAACGUGCACAAUAUUAAUUGGAGAGACGAAGUCGAUAUUCUUGCAAAACAGGGAAUUAAGAUCUAUGCUGUCCAGGCCCUGAAUAACGAAGGAGUGGAAGACUUCUACAAAACUAUGGCAGAUAAAACUGGAGGUCACUAUCUUAAGCUGGAGAAUUUUUCCAGCAUUUGCGAUUUCAUCAUGGCAAUAUGCUACCGAGAAAAAGACGAUGGCCUGUUUAUGAAUUAUGAAGCGGAAGUUACAGCCCGCCAAGGCACCUCUGGUCUCCACAAAGAUUUAAACAACAUGUUUGCCACCCUCCGUCGCGGAGACUCAGUGAGUAGCACGUCAAUCCCAGGCUGUUCUAUCUGCGUGUCUACUGCCCCACAUUCACCAUUGCCAAUCACACACAUGGACAGUAUUGUUAGCUCAACGAGUGACGUCAGUACCAAACCAAAAACGAUAGAUUUACCCAAGGCGCCAAUCCCACGUGCCCCAAAGGCUAGACCACUUAAAAAGAGACAACCGAUUCCUAAAAAUAACUCGACAAAGAAGAGUAUCCCACGCGAGAACAUCCCAGAAACGAAAUUCGCUCUUCGGAAUUUGAAAUGGACGCCGUGGAAACUAGCAUACAGUCCCGAGAAACCAGAGGGCCCAUUUCACAAAAUGUAUCUUAAAAAUGGUUUUAGAAGAACAAAGUUAUUUAAGAGCUCCACAGGGACAAAAGUUUACGAAGUUGCGGUACAGACUCGUCCAAGAGGAAAACUUCAUGUUAUGUACCACAAAAUAACACCCUUGGACCUUGAUCAAGGGUCAUGGGAACGGUGUUUAUUUCAGGGGUCUCGGAGACGUGUCUAUGUUCACAGAAGACAAAUUCUUCGAGUAAUCCAGCAAGGUUGUCGUGUGUUUAUUCGCAAAACAGACAUUAGCAAGGGACAAAUGAAAGAGGUUGAAAAACUGAACAAUUACAGCUACGCAUGGGCUAGGUCAAUUUCCGGGAAAAAAUCUCCAGAGAGAGCGGUUAUUAAAAAUCAUAAAACACUGUCUGGUAUGGAUUAUUAGUGUUACUGACGAAGAAGUUCAUAUCUUGUUCACUCUGUCAUGUUCAUAUCCAUCGUGAUAUUAGAAAUCAUAUGUUUAUGUUAUGUUUUUAUACUAUGCAUGUGCAGUAAUUAAAUGAAAUGUUUUGUUGUUCUGUUAUUUUAUAGUACAAAUAAAACCAAUUUGUUUUUCUA